UGCAUGUUUUCACCCUAUUAGUGAGUGGACAGAGCGUGAUCGAGCAUGCAGUUUUCAUUGAUCAUUACCAGCCCCAGGCUGACACUCUGGACUCAUCAUGGAGUCAGGGAAGCAGCUGACGGGUACAUUGGCUCUGGCUGUGUUCACAGCAGCUCUGUCCUCUCUGCAGUAUGGUUACAGCCUUGGAGUCAUCAACGCACCACAGAAGGUCAUUGAAAAGCAUUAUGGGCGAUCCCUGGGGCUGUGGUCAGAGAAGGCCGCCGUCCUGUCAGGAAACAGCACAGAAGAAGGAGGCGAGAUCCCAGAGGCGGGGCAACACCCUACCGUGAUCAUGUAUUGGUCCUUAUCGGUGGCAAUCUUCUCCAUCGGUGGCAUGUUAUCCUCCUUCCUGGUGGGAUUUGUGGGAGACCUGAGAGGGAGGGUGAAGGGCAUGUUGAUGGUCAAUAUUCUAGCUGUAGCUGCCGGGCUGCUCAUGGGUCUUUGCAAGAUGUGGAAACCUUACAUCAUGGUCAUCUCCGGCCGCGCUGUCAUGGGCUUAUAUUGUGGGUUGACAUCGGGGCUGGUGCCCAUGUACAUCGGAGAGAUUGCACCCAAGGCGUACAGGGGGGCUCUGGGAACAUUACACCAGCUGGCUAUUGUCAUUGGCAUCCUAAUCAGCCAGGUAAUAGGCUUGGACUUUGUGUUUGGUAAUGACGAGUAUUGGCCCCUGUUGCUUGGUCUGUCUGGAGCUCCGGCCGUGUUGCAGACCUUCAUGCUACCUCUGUGCCCUGAGAGCCCGCGGUACCUUUACAUUGUACAGGGCAAGGAGCAAGAGGCUCGGAAAAGUUUGUAUCGUCUUAAAGGGCCGUAUGAUGCAGCUCCUGAUCUGGAAGAGAUGAGGAGAGAGAAAGAGGAAGCAGACAGGGAGCCUAGGGUCUCCAUCCUAUCCUUGAUCCGCUCCUCUGUGUACAGACAGCAGCUGUCUGUUGCCCUCAUGAUGCACCUCUCCCAACAGCUGUCCGGUAUCAACGCAAUCUUUUAUUACUCUACGGCUAUCUUCACCCGGGCCGGUGUCGCUCAGCCAGUCUUCGCCACUAUAGGAGUCGGAGUCAUCAACACACUCUUCACUCUGUUGUCUGUUGCACUGGUAGACAGAGCUGGCCGACGCACUCUGACUCUGGUUGGAUUAGGAGGGAUGUGCUGCUGUGCAGUUGCCAUGACAGUGGGCCUCAAAUUACAGAAUGAAUACACAUGGAUGAGCUACGUCAGCAUGUCAGCUGUCUUCCUCUUUGUGAGUUUCUUUGAAAUUGGUCCUGGUCCCAUCCCGUGGUUCAUAGUUGCCGAGCUGUUCAGUCAGGGGCCUCGGCCCGCAGCCAUCGCUCUAGCUGGCUGCUGCAACUGGAGCAGCAACUUCCUCAUAGGCAUGACCUUUCCAUACAUACAGACUUGGUUGGAUACUUAUGUGUUCAUCCUGUUUGCCGUGCUGCUUCUCGGCUUCACUGUUUACAUAUAUUUCCGGGUCCCCGAGACCAAGGGCAAAAGCUUUGAGGAGAUCGCCAGUGUCUUCAACAAGGGCCGGAAAAAGUCGGCGCACCCCCCCGAAGAUGGUACUGAACUGCAGCAGCUCAAAACAUCAACAGAUGCGUGAAACAACACAGGCACAUUUGUUUGCACGAGCGAGGGCGUGUUUUACUGUCAGUAUUUCAAACCUCAAGUGAUUGUGUCCAUUCAUCCUUGUAAUAUUGAAACACCUAUUUGUUGAAUUAGGGAGACUUUCAACGGGACUUUUACACUUUUUUACACUUUUUAAGUUGAGCCUUCAGAGAAUUUAGCCCCGACUGCAGUUCCCCUGAGAUUUAAUUGUUGUAGUUUUUAGUUCAAUUCAAUUGCUCUUGUACCUAAUUUUGCUGCUCAGCACCAGACUUGUGUCUAGACAAGCUUCGUGAGUAACUAGUGAACAUAGCAUGGCAUGUAGGAGCCAAAGAGCCAGAUAUUACCUUACAGGCGAGUACAGACCAAAGGACCAGAAAGGAGAGUUCUAGUUGUGUGUAAAUUCAUCAGUUGACUAAAAUGCCGACCUCAAAUGAGUGCUUACAUGUUUGCUGGUUUUGUAAAUGGGCAGAAAGUUGCCAUCAAGUUGGUCCCUGUUGUUUUUGCAACUUGAAUUGUGGAAUUAGUGGGCCGGGAAACCAAACAAAAUGUUUUUUUAUUUACUCCUCCAUCAUUUUGUGUCUUAAAAUAUCACAAGCCAGACUUCACGCACACACAUGUACUUUGCACAAUGCUACUUCUCUUGAGUGUUUGGCCUUCCCUUUGAAAAGUGUAUGUGUAUGUAUGAGUCUCACUGUAAGGCUGUUUUCAUCUGUUGAAAGAGGGGAUAUUUCUCUAUGCUAACUUUAAAAUGACUAAGGAAGGCAUGCGCAGCCAUCCCUCUCUGACAUUACACGCAACAGGGAUCCAAUUACAAAAUGAAUGUAAAAACUUGGAGCCUAGAGCUAACCAACUGUGGACAAUUAAGUGUAGAAGACAUCUUGUGUC